AUGCGCCUCCCCCGCCAAUCGAUCCUCACAGCGCUCCUCGCCGCCAACUGGGUCCUCGCCGCCCACUCGUCAGCGGAGAACUCGCAUGCGAGACGCUCGUUGGAUAUCAUGAAGCGCCAGGGCUUGACGAUUGACUUGGGGAUUGUCAAGCUUGAUCUGGGUGGUGGUGAUGAUGGAGAUGGAGAUGGAGGUGGAGGUGGUGGUGACUCGACGACGCCAACGCCGACGGUGACGCUGGAUCCUUCGACGAGCACGAGCAGUACUGGUGAUGAACCGACGGACCCGCCGAGCUCGUCGAGCAGUGCGGCUAGCACCUCGACGACUGAUGAGGACACAACCACGUCAACGUCGAUCAGCACCAGCGCCACGUCCUCGUCCUCAGAGGCAGCCGUCACUUCCCCGCCUGCAACCUCGACCAGCACCCAAGGCGGGAUCCUCGACCCCGUCAUCACUCUCGUCACGAGCAUCGUCGGGGAUUUACCGGGCACACUGACUAGCAUCGUGGACGGCAUUACGAGCGCCCUGGACCCGACUUCGGCCACCGAAUCGACGGCUGCUUCGGAGACAGCGACAGCGACCUCGGACGCUUCGACUCCCACGGACCCCCCGGCGCCGACCUCGACCCCCUCCGAACCGACAAGCGAGCCCACGCCCCCGCCCACAAGCGAGACUUCGGCUGCGACGAGUGAACCGACGAGUGAGCCCCCGGUGACGACGCCCCCUCCGCCAGAGACGACGACUGCACCGCCCAAUCCGAUCAGCAGCAUCAUUUCGAUCAUCUCGAGUGUGGUGUCGGAUGUGUCGAGUGUGGUGUCGAGCGUUGUUGACCCGCCGACGCCCACGUCGGAGCCGAGCGUACCACCGACUUCGGUGCCCCCGACGUCGGCGCCUCCCGACGAGCCGACGUCUGUCCCGCCUACGACGGUGAUUAGCGAGCCUCCGACGACGGUGAUUAGUGAGCCGCCUACGACGGUGAUUAGCGAGCCGCCUACGACGGUGAUCAGCGAACCUCCAACGACGGUGAUCAGCGAGCCCCCGACAACUGUGAUCAGCGAGCCCCCAACGACGACCUCCGUCCCGCCCACUAUCAGCUUCCCCGACCCGAUUACGAGCACGAGCCUCUCGGACAGCGUGUCCCUGACGGUGACAGACGACCCGCUCUCCCUCACCACGAGCAUCUCCAUCGACUCGGCGCUCUCGUUCAUACUCACCGAGAGCUCGCUCGCGCUUGCGACGUUGCCCACUACCACCGCCAGCCCGACGCUCACCGACCCCGACGCCGUCGCGACCCCGAUGACGACCAUCGAUGGCUCGGCGAUCCCGCUCUCGGCGCUCUCCACGUCCGCCCUGCCUGGCCCGUCGCAGCCGCCCCUGCCCACUGGGAUUCCUGCGAGGAUAUACCCGUCCGAACAGCUCGAUGCGAGCCAGGACUUCCCGGGGUAUACGUUGAUUAGUAUACUGUUCAACCAGGAGCUGAAUUGGCCGUUUGUGGUGAAUAACCCGAUUUCGAGCAGUCAGAUCUUUGCGUAUGUCCCGCCGUUGAUCUAUACGGCGUUGGGUAUCUCUAGCGACCAAGUGAAGACGUGGGUGCUGCAGGUGUACGUACCAACCUCGUACCGCACCCCCGCCGACGCCGUCGAGCUAGGCACGAUAUGGCUCGGGUACAUCCCCGAAGACCUCGUCGACACCCUCGCACAAGAAAUCAAAGCCAAGCAAUCCAGAUUCUACACCGGCGUCCCCAUCCCCGCCGCCCAGUCCCUCGCCGACCGCGUCAACUCGGGCUUCUCCCUCCUCUCCGUCGCCGACCCCAACUCCUCUGCAGGCGGCACCUCCGGCUCUGGCGGCACGAACGUGAACGGCGUCACUGGCGCGGCGUCGAACGAUGGCAAGUCCCGCCAGGACGCGAUCAUCGGCGUCGUCUCGGCGCUCGGCGCCAUUGCGCUGUUGGUCCUUGUGUUCCUUGUUUACAGGUCGCUGAAGAGGCGCAGGCAGCUCGCGCAUCGCCGUCUGUCCGACCCCCCAGAUAUGGCGGAGGUACCGGGGGCAGAAGGGGUCGGUGUGAGGCCGGAGGGCCAGGCAUUCGACCAGGAUAGCGUGGGUGGGCAGAGGAGGAGGAGCUUUUAUUAUGCGGAGGACUCGUUGAGGGGGUAUGGAGGCGAGAGGAGCGGGCAGGAUGAUUAUUUUGAUGCGAGGAUGCAGCAGCAGCAGCAGAUGGGCCAGCCGGGCAUGAGCCAGCGGAGGAAUGUGAACCCCGGGGCGAUCUCGGCGCCGAUCUUGAGGGAGAGCAGCAUGAAUUGGUAG